GACAGUUCUCCUUUGUCCACUGAGCAAUGUUUUUAUCAGCCAAAAGCAACAACAACAAUCAGUGGAAGAAAAAUUUGCAAUCAUCACCACUAGAUCCGAGGUUGAUAAACUCUAAAUUUGAAUUGAUAUUUUGCUGGUGAACCACUCCUGCCAGGGACGAUUUGGAUCGGUUGAUGUCGGUCGGACGGUCGCGGUAAUGUCGUGCGAAGUGAAAUUACUGGCCAAUGUGGACGAUUUACGCGAGGUGCAGGAACAGUUCGGGCUCAGUUCAGAGGAAAACUGGCUCAACGCGGUGUCCUACUCGCUCUCCCCGGUCGGCGACAUCCUCGCGUUUGGUCACGGAUCGAUCCUGAUCAUCCUUACGUCCAAAUGGGACCGCCAGCGGCAACUCAGCGUCUACCGGAUCGCCUGGAAGGGUGCGAUUGACGACCCGAACUGUCUGAUCACAAGUGUCCUCUGCAUGCCGAUCGUCGGCCAGGGUAGUUCGCAGUCCAGCGUUGUGGACUUCAGUUUUAUAGUUGUGGGGCUGGAUAGUGGGCAGGUUUUGUUCUACGGUGAAAAUGGGACACUGAUCCACUCGCAGUUGUUCCACCAGGAACCGGUGCAGGCUAUUAAGGCCCAAAGCGGGAAGCAUAUCAACGAAGAAUUGUACGUGUUUCAUCCCUCGUGUGUAGUGAUCAUUCAGGGUGCGCAGUUGUUUCCACUGUUGAGAAGCCUGAAACAGCAAAUCGGUCGGUAUGGGUUGGGGAGUCCGCGAGUGAACGAAUCCCAAGAGGUAAUCGCGUGUCGUAAGUGGAAUUACGGGAAGAACAUGACAGUGCAGGACGCAGUCGUGGUGGGACCGCAGAAGACCUGUACGUUCGAUCAUCUGUUGACGGCCAGUUUGGAGGGAGGGUUCUUCGCAAAGUAUCGACAUGCUCCACCGCAGAACUCGCUGAUCGUGGCGGCCGGUAUGAAACCGUACAUAGGUUUUCACUACGCUAAGGAAGGGUUCACGCAGCCCGUGUUGGCAGAUGUUGCAAGGGCUGUCGCCAGCAAGAUCAAGUCCGCGCUACCAUCCUGGUUCGGUGGAUCGUCAGCACCGCAAACUCCCCAAGAGCCGCAACUACCGCCUUCGGAACCGUUGAUCUGCCGGUUUGGGUUGUGUGAUAUUCAGCGGAAUGCCUUCUCGGUAUGGUUGGCUCCGAAUUAUACCCUGGCAGCCGUAGCAGAUAACUUGGGUCGUAUAAUUCUGGUGGAUUGCAUGAAGGGGAUCGCUUUGAGGAUUUGGAAGGGUUAUCGAGAUGCUCAGUGUGGGUUUGUUGAGGUAGCCGAGAAGCAAGCCAAGGAUGCGGUGACGAAACAAGACCGUCGGAAGGCAAUGUUCUUGGUGAUCUACGCUCCAAGGCGAUCGGUAUUGGAAGUGUGGUCGUUGCAGAACGGACCUAAGGUUGGUGCUUUCACUGCGGCCAAGAACGGUCAAUUGGUGUAUAAUACGCACAGCUUUAUGGGGGUAAGUUCGAACAGUAGCAAGGUGAAAUACACUGGCCAUGGGUGUACGUUUUUCGAUCCAAGUGACAACUCGUUGAAAGAAAUCAGUAUUCCGUUUCACUGUGCGCUUAGUGAUUCCAAAUCGAAGACUGCCAAAGAUCUGCAUUUGUUAAAGAGGUUGAAGAUUUGUCUGAAGGCGGGUGAUGGAAGCGAGGCUGAAGAGCACGAAGAGAUGGUGGAGAUGUGCAAAAGCUUCGAAACUGAUGAGAUUAGGCAGCAGUGCGUUGAGAUGCUGGCAAAACACAAGAAGAUCAAGGCAAAGCUGUUUCGUAGUGCUGUAGAGGUGUUUGGGAGGUUCGAUGAAGAGGAAGAAAUGCAGGAAUUGGAACAUGAUGGUAGACACAGGCAUCUGAAGGUGAUUUGCGAGAAUUAUAGGAAGCUGACGCUGUUUUAUCUGUUCUUGAUGGAUGAGAUAGCUGCCCAAGAUCUAGUCAGUAAGUGUCCUGAAGAUUCGGAGAUGUGCAGUGAUGAAGCCAAGUGCCCUGUAGACGAAAGUGCAGAUAAUCAGAUGGAUUGCGAUGACGUGCAAGCAGACGAUACGGUUUCCGAACGCAAGGUUCCUAAAGCUAACCUAGACGAAAACGUAAAACUGUCUGAGCUGGAACUGGCCUCGAUAGGGAAGCUGAUCGAACUGCUGGCAAUGAAUAGUUCUUCCGAAGGUACUUCGGCAACUCGUGUUACCUUCGAGGAUGCAACCGUCAAAAGCAAUACCUUCCAGGAAUACAUAUCGUACUUCAAUGUGUCUAAUGAGGGCCUGAUUCUGCUCAAAGACGACUCCGGCCAUCUGUAUAGCUCCUUGGGAAAGAUCAUCUUCGAGGAUAUCUAUCUGAGUAACGGAGCAAGACUUGCGGGCUUCGUAACUGCUGCCAGUACAUCCGGGUUGAUGUACGAUGACCUUUUGAAAUUGUUCCUCGCUUAUUGGCUUCGCAUUCCCUUCGUAUACAGAGAUAUAGCGGAACUAGCGGAAGACCUUAAUAAGUUUAACAAAGUUCUCCGGCAGAUUUGCUCUCUCGUGGAAGAACGGAUACGUUUCGAGAACAACACCAUCUGUCUAUGGUGGCAAAAUGCUCGGGAAUAUCUACUGGAGUCACCUUGUGCGUUACGAGGACUACUGGCCGCGAUCAUGUGCCGUAAUGAAGCCUUAAAGUACGAGGAGCACAGUGAUGACGAUUACCAGUUUGAAGAAGUUUCCCAGGAAGCCUGCCAGUGGACGUUGUUGAUAGGGAAACUUGAUGACGUAUCCGUACUGGGAGCAAUUCUUGCAGAAAAUCUGAGGUGCUUGAAUCCAAAGUAUCCUUGUUUGAAGUGCCAGAAACCGGAUGUUAGCUUGAAGGAGAUCCUGAAGGGAGGGCAAGGGAUCGUGGCAGAGAUCGUCGCUAAAUGGGUUGGUGCUACUGGAAUUGAUCCGGAAAAGUUGGUCAUUGAGGUCCCGGAUGAAGCCGUCGAAGACGAACAUGCUGGGGUUCAGGAGCCUGCGGCAACUGAGAAAAAAGAACGCAAACGACUUGAGUUGCUCAAACAGAACCUUAUCGAAACAAGCGAGUACGGAGGAAGCAGUGACUCCGAACUAGAUCCCGUGUUGUACAACCUGAACAUCCUUCGUCGACACUUUCCGUUCAGCUUAGACAGCGGAACUCUUCUCAGCCAUCUCGCCUGGGAGUACAUCUGUGAUUGGAGCAAAAACAUGUCCAAUAUUGACCUUCUGUCUGCAGGUUUGGCAUGUCUCAAAGCCAUCCCCCGUCUGCAGUAUUCUAUGAAACAUGGCCUAUGUUGUAUGAUUUGGAAUGCUCACCUGAAAAUACCCUUGGAAGCUACGAAAAAGCUCGUCAACAAGGUCGGACGUCUACCCAAAGAGAAGCUCUGCCUUCAAGAUAUUGGCAUAUCCGACGCCUUGGUGCCACAGUUCCUGGAGAACUGCCUCGAAUUCUUCGACCACUUUUGUAACUCGAUCGAUCACGACAAACUGGAGCUAAAAUUCGAGGAACUACUCCAGGAUGGCCCAAUCCCUCUAACAUCCCUGGCGAUUCAGCAAAAUUCAGCCAACAUGGCGCUCCUGAAACUACACCACGAAUUGACCACCGUACUUCUGAUUCUGACUUCGUUCAACGUCAAAUAUCAGAAGCCCAUCCAGCAGUUCUUCGACGGGAUGGCCAAUCAAUCGUUCUUUGCCGAGAUCAACCGACAGCUGGCUUAUAGUUUGCCGAAGGCAGAUCUUCUUCUGAAGCGAGUGCGGUUCGAGUUUCUCUGCAAGACCAUUACGGCCACGAUGGACCUGAUCCGGGAGGACAUGGAGAACGUGUUCUACACGGAUCAUAUCGCGUGGAUGGAGAGGAUCGAUCAGCUGGCCGAGGUGUGGGAGAUCAGCGUGACGGAGCUGAAGAAACAUCAGAUUGUUGAACUGUACGCCCACGGGUGGGAUUCGUAUGCCGAGGAACUGCUGGAGAACAUCGUCCCGGAUCAGGCUCUGGGAAAUCUGCUGCUGACCAUCGCCGGCCGCCGGUUGACCAUGCACACCAAGGCCAAUCCACGCAUCUGGGGCCAGGUGGCUGCCGUUGGACCGCUGCUGACCGACUAUCUGGACACACUAAUUUCAUCGGAAAAUCACGGUCCCCAGUUGCGUUUCGCCGAGGGUAACGAAGCAAGUACGGCAUCCGGAGACGUUUCCAUUGACAAGCUAGCGCGACUGGUGGAGCGAGCCUUCCGUAGUUUGAGUACGACCUCCCCUGUCCAGGCAACGGCCAACAACGGCAGCGGAAAUAGUGCCUCGCUGCAGCAGAAUGUCCCAAGUCAAAGUGUUGCCGGUAGCAGCAAAGCCGGCGCUGCCAAGACGAAAGAACUUCGAAUUGCCGGCCUACUGUUCGAUGCUUGCGCUACCAUUAGGGAAUUGAGCAUAACCGGAAUCGACGCGCGAAAACGGUAUCGACAUAGUGACGACGACGACGACGACGACGAAACUGCACCUGAUGAUGGCACCAAGCCAUCGAAACGCGUGGAAAAUUGUUAAAGUUUUAACCUUAAUAUAUUCAUGAGCUGCUCACGAACGAUGACGAGGACGAGAGUAAUCAAGAACGGAAGAUGCAUAUAAUCCCUGUUUGAAAGCGAAACCGUAAGCUCGCGCCAGGAGUAUGCCACGUUGCUAUAUAGUUAGGUCGAGAGGGUGGGCUUGGGCAGAUUCAGAAUUCAAUAUAAGUCCUGUUAAAUUUCA